UGACGUGGUGGGAACAUCUAGUGUGUACAGCGUCAUCCCAGGCGGAGGAGGAGGCAGUGCACCGUCUCUGCCCUGCUGAGUGUGAGAGACAGGCGCCAUCCGUCAUCAUGGGCAUCCGCAAGAAGACCAGCAAGACCCCGCCGGUGCUGAGCCAUGAGUUCAUCAUCCAGAACCAUGCUGACAUCGUCUCCUGCCUGGCCAUGCUCUUCCUGCUUGGGCUCAUGUUUGAGAUUACAGCAAAAGCAGCAGUUAUGUUUGUCACAUUACAGUAUAAUGUCACCAUUCCAGUAGAAGGUACGCCUGAAGGUGAACCAGUUUCAUUGUAUCACUAUGGUAUCAAGGACGCGGCAACAGUUUUCUUUUAUAUGCUUGUGGCAAUAAUAUUACAUGCUGUCAUACAAGAAUAUGUCCUAGAUAAAAUUAACCGGCGCAUGCACUUCUCCAAGACAAAGCACAGCAAGUUCAAUGAGUCUGGCCAGUUGAGUGCGUUCUACUUUUUCUCUUGCAUAUGGGGAGCGAGCAUCAUUGUCUCAGAGAAUUAUUUCUCAGAUCCCACCAGUUUAUGGAAAGGCUACCCGCACACCUACUUUCCGUUCCAGAUGAAGUUUUUCUAUGUUUCACAACUGGCCUACUGGUUCCAUGCCUUCCCAGAGCUUUAUUUCCAGAAAACAAAGAAGGAAGAUAUCCCUCGUCAGCUGGUGUAUAUUGGACUAUAUAUCUUCCAUAUUACAGGUGCAUAUGUAUUAAACCUAACCCACCUUGGACUUGUUCUGCUGGUUCUUCAUUACUCCGUAGAGUUUCUGUUUCACAUCUCACGACUUUUUUACUUCAGCAAUGAGAAAUACCAGAAAGGGUUUACAUUGUGGGCUGUUCUGUUUGUCCUGGGACGUCUGCUUACCCUCAUACUAUCUGUACUUACUGUUGGGUUUGGACUGACUCGAGCAGAGAACCAGGUUUUGGACAUCAAUACUGGAAAUUUCAACAUUCUAGCAAUCAGAAUCAGUGUGCUGGCAUCUAUUUGCAUAACUCAGGCAUUUAUGAUGUGGAAGUUCAUUAAUUUCCAGCUGAGACGGUGGAGAGAGCACUUAUCCCCACAGCCUUCCCAGAAGAAGAGAACUGUUACUUCUAAGGGCAAGAAAGGAAAAGAAAAUGGCGUUAAUGGAACAGUAACCUCCAAUGGAGCAGAUUCUCCCCGCAGCCGAAAAGAAAAACACUCUUAAAAAGGAAGCAUAAAGUCAUUUUGCAGUUGUUUUACUCUGCUCCCAAAGAGAAGUUGCCUUGUGUUGU